UCAUGAGGGAUAGGGACGCUCGAGGAUUGACGCUAGGAUUAAGGUAUACGCUGCACAAGAGGCUUAAGGAUCGCGAGAUCACAGAGCGUCGGCAGGUGGGAGACGCUCAGGAGAUGAUGAACAGGGGCAACGACCCCAACCCAGGAUAUUACAAGCGCGACAGCGACCUGUAAAUGGCCUUAUCUUGGAGAAAGAAACUAUCAUCGAUCGAUGUUUCGAAAGCGUGGCUACUGAGACUGUGCCCCCUCCCCCCUUAAGAAGAAAAGGCUGAGCUCGUUUCCGGGACUAGUUUAUCUUGUUCCUCAAGGUACCACUUCUCCCCGUUCUUGAUCUCAUGCAGUCAGUCGGAGAGUUGACGGUAGGGUGGGGGGAACGGUCGAGGUCGAUCAAGAUACAGUCGAGUCAUUGCAAGCCAGCAUGACGCCGGAUCUUUUUUUCUCUCUCUCUCUUUUAUUUUUUUAUAAUGAGCAUCUGGGGGGCAGUUGCUACUCGAGAAACACACGUGCGCACGAGUUGUUUUAGGUAUGGUUUGGAGGGCAUUUUGAAAAAAGAAUUGCUCCGGUCGGGUGGUUGGGGAUCUCGGGAUUACGUUUUGGGCAAGCCGCAUCGACAUCGAAAUUAGAUAGCGGUGGCGUCUUUGGUUGUUUAUGCCGCAUAUUUCUCUCGUUAACUUGUCGAAUACAUCAC